AGUCAAAAGUCAAAGUCAAAAUAUACUCGAUAGGUAAAUAAUAUCUAUAUACACAAAUCAGACAAAUGACGCUUUCAGCCGAAACGCUGGACGAUAUGUUCGUGCAGGAAGUGAUCGCCGUUGCCAAGAUGAUCGUUAAAUUGCAGGCCAAGGACCACAUCAUUCCAACGUGCACCCGCUGGUUGAGCAUCUUCCAGCAGGCCCCGCCCGAGGAAAGGUUCGAGCGCAAUUGGAUGCUACUGCAGCUGCACACCCAACUGAACAGAAACAGCACCCUUGGCUAUCCCUUCACGGAUCCAAGCAGCUACCAUUUGGAUUUGCGCAAGCUUAAGGAGCGCUGCGAUUGCAGGCAGAUGUCCCAUGAUGUGGAUGACGACAAUUGCGAGUCUAUAUCCAGCCCAGAUGAGAGCACCACCUCGAUUAGCGAAUGGGUCGAUAUAGAUGCGCGCAACGAGCAACUGUUGGCGCAGAAUGCUGCAAUGAACAGCGAGCUGAAGGAGCUGCAAUGUCUUGAGCAGCAUCUGCAGCACCAAAGGGAUAGCUUCCAGAAAAUGCAGAUGGAGACGGAGGAUGAGGAAGGAGACAUGCAAAUACUCGCCUCCUCCGCCACUACGGCGCUCAAACUGCUGUCCACCAAUAAAGAUGCCAAAGCGAAGAGCCAAUUCUUUGAAACACUCUUCAGUCCGUUGUGUCUGGACGAGAAGGAUGUGGCCCAAGUGGAGAAGCUUGACACGCUCUUCGAGAAGCUAUUGCGUGGUCGCAUUGAUGACUAUAAGCAAAAGCAGCGCGGCCUGAUGGUGCAGCAGGCGAGCAGCGAGUACGAUAAGGUGGUGACCAAAGCCAAAGAACGUUAUGGAAAGGUUCUUGAGGGGCAGCUGGUCGCCCAGGAGAAGGAGCUGGCCCUUACCGCCAUGCGCUAUCUGGAGGUGCUGCGCAAGCAUUUUCUCUUGAGCUACUCGGGCAACGACAGCACUAUGGAAGCCGUGCUCAAGUUCUUGCAGCAUAGCUGCCAUCAGUUGUCGAAGACAAUAUAAAAAGGGGGCACCUGGGCAUUUUACCUGGGUAUUAGUCGUUCACACUGCAGCAUAUGUUCCAGAUUUAAAAUUUGAUCUGCAAUAUGCAAAUAAAAUUAUAUUUAUAUGUUUGCCAUCAAA